ACAUGAAUCGAAACAACGAAGUGUCGGAACUGAUCGAUGUGGAAAAUGCGUUCUACAUCGGCAACUACCAGACGUGCAUCAAUGAGUGUAACAAAAUUUCAAAACCAUCGCUCGAGAAGGACAUCUUCAUGUACCGGUCCUACAUAGCGCAGAACAAGUAUCGUGUGGUGCUGGAUGAAAUCAAAUCGUCGAACGAUACGCCACUUCUGGCGCUGCGUUAUUUAGCCGAGUACAUGUCCAACAGUGGACGGAAGGAAGCGAUCGUGUCGAUGUUUGAUGAAAAAUUCCAAGGCGAUAUAAACGAGCUGCACGUCGUGUGGAUCAUCGUCGGAGCUAUCAUCUACUGCAACGAGGAAACGUAUGAGACGGCCAUGAAGAUUCUGGUAGGAAACUUCAACCUCGAAUGUCUUUCUCUGCACAUGCACUGUCUGCUGAAAAUGUCCCGCGUGGAUCUGGCGAAGCAAGUUGCCACAACGAUGCAGGAAAAGGACGAUGAUGCGACCCUCACCCAGCUGUCGCAAGCUUGGCUUAACAUUCAAAUUGGUGGAGAGAAACUGCAGGAUGCAUUCUUCAUCUUCCAAGAUUUGUGCGACAAAUUUUCGCCCACUCUGCUGCUGCUGAACGGCCAAGCCGUGUGCUACAUCGGACAGCAAAAGUAUGACGAUGCGGAGCAGGUACUGCGCGAAUGUCUUAACCGUGAUCCCAACAACUACGAUACGCUGAUCAAUCUGCUAGCACUAUCCCAGCAGAGGGACAAAAACAGCAGCCAGUUCAGUCGCUAUCUGGCCCAGCUACUGGACGAUCACAAGAGCAGCAGCUUAGUGGCGGCCUACAACAAACGGUCGGCCGAAUUCGAUCGCCUAGUGCUACAGUUUGGACCAUCAAACAACAAACCGAUCGAUGAAAUAGUCGCUUAAAGGUAGAAUCAACUGUAAGGCUUUUCGUUGUACACGUAUAAAUUUAAAUGUAUUCCAACA